AUGGCUGUUAGCAAUGUCGUUGGACGUUUUACUAAGAAUCGUUGUGAUGAAAGCGACAAUACAGUGAAGGAAGAGGAGAUAUCAGUUGACAAGAAGACAAGGACAAGGAAACGAAAGAACACAGAACAACAUGAGUACUGUGAGGAAAAUAAAGUUCGUCGAAAGGAAGUGCAUGCUCAGCGGCUCAACAAUUUAUCCAACUGCACCGAGGUUAAAGUCCUUGGAGAAGGAGCUUUUGGAAAGGUUAGUCUGUAUCGACGGAAUGACACCAAAAUGGAUUAUGCCGUCAAGGAAUUAAAAAGAUUUGAUCCAGGCAGUUACGAGAUCGAGAGAAAAAUCUUGGAGCUCGGUAAUUCCACUUGGAAUCUUUUUCUGUCCGCACUUUGUGGAGAGUUCUUUUAUGAGGGUUGCCGUUAUUUGGUAUUGGAGUUUAUGCUCGCAGGUGACCUGCAGAAGGUUUUCAAUUUGCACAAAAAACUGUUCAGCGAAUUGCAAGCGAGAUUCUACAUCGCUGAAAUUAUCUGUGGAUUAGAAUAUCUACACUUGCAAGGAGUGAAGCCGUUUCAUAACAAAGUCAUCCGAGACCUCUAUAACUCGAUAGUUAUGGACGAGGUGGAAUAUAGACCUAAAUUGUCUGAGAUUGCUUGGAAUUUGCUAACACAGCUCUUGGAAAAGAACCCCUUGAGAAGGAUUGGUUACAAAGGUGGAUCAAACCCGUGGAUUAGAAAACACGAGUUCUUCCAGUCCUUAAACUGGGACCAACUUGAACAACGAAACAUCGAGCCGCCCUGGAAUCCAAGAAAAAGAAUUUUGCUCGAGUAA